AUGAAUAAACGCAGCGAGAAUACCUCACCCAUUGGUCGCGAACCUCAUUCAGGUGUAGUGUUUCAUGCCCUUCCACGACAUGAUACAAUCUCUGAUCCAAGUCCAGAUGAACUUGACAAUGAUGAAACCCGAUGGCAAGAUGUAGAGCAUGUGGUGACUCCACCCGCUCAUCGAGAAAUCGUCGGACGUUUGCAAAAAGAUUGGGAAAAGGAAACCAAAGAAAAGAAUGCAGAGAAAGAGGAGGACAAGAACAAGGACGAGGAACGGCCGUAG